AUGAAAGACGAGCCCAUUAAGUAUGCCCUACAAGCGAUCAUUGUCCUCCAUCUUUCUGUUCUCCACCCAGAUAACAUGGUUGAAGCUACUCUGCAGUUGCUUUAUAAAUUCGGUAUUGUUUAUACAUUCCCUGCACCUCUCGUUGAUCGCUCAGAAUUCUUUGGUAUCGUACGCUUUGGCAAGCAACUAUCGGAUAUUCUAUCAGCGCAACUGGCUACAGCUAUGAGUACAUCUACCGUUAUCCAAAGUCACUGCUCGAAUGGACAGGCAACGGUCGACCUGGAUGCGGAUCCUCAGGCUUGCGCUUCCCUUAUAUCACCAAGAUCAAGAAACUCCUAUGCAUUCACUCAUAACACAAGGCACCACAUUAAAAAAUCGAGCGUGUUGAUACAGAAGCCUCGAAAGAUAGAUCUGCAAAACCGCAGCGGCAAGUACUGGAGCAAGUUCUUUUCCAAGCCGAGGACUUGCAAAGACUGCGCUUUUUAUAGGAACGCAUUGGAAUUAGAUGAAAACAUUGACAUGCUUCCCAUGCCAGAACUUAUACUUAGGCUUCUGGGUGGUUCCGACGCACAACAUGCCGCCUGGGAAGCGAAGGUCCUCAACAAGUUCUUUGCGCAAAACGGAGAUAGGGGAAUGGUAACACAAGAAAGUGAUACGUGGGCUUGGGUUUGCGAUCGGAAGAUAGCCGCAGGAAGAAGUCGAGAUUAUGGACGGAGUUUCGAUCCGGAUGGCUUGCGCGGGAUUCUGGACAUGGAGCGGUUUAAUGACCAGGUCCUUGAAGACGUGGAUCAGCGUAUGAUGUUCGUUCGUUACAUUUCGGAACUCACCCCAGAGUUCGUCGUCAGUCUCACAAAGACAGUGUGGACUGCGGGGGUAGAGGCAUUACGUGAUGCAAUUUGCAAGCAUAUCGCCAUGGAAACCAGCCUACGGGUACAUGUUCCGAUCAUGGGCUUCCCGACAUACCGGUUAGAAUUUCACAUGGCGCAUUUGCUCUUGAGAAAAUCACCACAAAUCACAGACAUAGCCGCUGGCAGUGAAGACGUUGACAAAACUGGAUCAUUGCUAGAUCUCUCGUUCCUCGAGCUGGUUGGCCAUGAUGGCAACGUAGCUCCACAUUCGAUUUACCAAGGGCAUAUGAGCAUCGUCAUAUGUGGUUGGAGCAAUCUCCAAUGGACUGGAUACGUUUUUACUAAAUCAGACAACGAUGACUUAGAUGAAGAAGAUGAAGACGAGUUCAGAGGACAUUUCUUGACCUCGCAAUACGGCCUCGACUUUGUCCUUCCCCGACAAUCUACACAUUGCUGGGACGCGAGGCGGUACUGGCUUCGUUUGGUCGCUCAUCGUUGUCAAUAUGUGCUAAGGGAAUGGCUGUAUCUUGUACACACCAUAGAGGAUGGUGUGGAGUCAUGGAAAACAGAAGAUCCAUGCAGUAGCAAUACCAACAAGUCAAGCUUGCAAGCGGACGAGAUUCAGAAGUCCCUGAACAAGACCCUCCAGACCAUGCAGCUUCUACGUAAGUUGCGGGACGAACUCUCGACCACGCUCAGAGUGUACAACCGAUUUGAUAAAUAUGGUGGAGAUAGACACUACUUCUCCGACAUCACAGACUGCUGGUCGGUGCAGAACAGCAUUGUGGAAUCUUUCGAGAAGCUUACCGACCUUUCAAUCCAACUAAGGUCCCUUGACGAUUCUUGUAAAAGAUUUGCAACUCAUCUGGGGCGCAUUCUUGAUCUCGAGAGUAAUCGCCUGUCUAUGGAAAGUAACAAGCUCAGCCGAGAGGCCAACGAACAUCAACAAGCGAGUCACCGCCUAAGUGAGCGCAUGCACAAAAUGAACGAAGAAACAAGCAUACUCAACAAAGAAAUGCGAAAGCUAAAUGAGAGGAGCACAGAAGCGGCAUGUAUGAGCCAAACAGAGGCCAUGAAAACUAGUCGCAGUACACGCGUGAAUGUCGAGCUGUUGUUGCUUACGACCCCCUUUGGUAUCGUCCUCCAGUACUUCGGCUCGGAGCAAGAGAUAUUCUCAUUCAAUCGUAAUCCAAAGACCUUUGUCCUUGCCACGGUAGUAUUGAUGGCAGUCCUCAGAUUGUUGACCUUAUCUCUUGAGUAUGGGGGCGCUUUGUUCGCGUUAGUGUAUCGGAAGUCGUCUAAGCGGUCAAUGACAUCGAGCCAUUCCGAGGGAACUCAAGAUACCGUUGAGCUGGACACGAUACAGCAUGCGUGA